UAGGUGUACAAAAAGAACCUUUUACCCGCUCUCAAGGUAUGCCUAGUUACCUUGUAGCAUUGGAGCUUGUUCGACCACUCCAUGCCAAGAGCUGCUUCUCUCAAAGCCGGCAAACAUGGCAGCAAAGGACUUCAUCAUCAAGAACUUCCUUAUUCUGGGUCUGUUGGCCGUCAUCACCUUUGGUUUAGUUUGUCCAGCUCCAGGUGAAUCAUUGGAUGGCAUUCAAAUUGGACGUUUCCGCUUGCCACAGGUGGCGGUGAUUGUCAUUUUCAUUGUCAGCGGCCUGUGCUUGGACUCGAUCUCCGAAUGCUUGCAAUACAAGGCUUUGAUAUUGAGCAUCGUGCUGGUUCUUGGCGUGACCCCAUUGUUGGCUUGGCCGAUUCUGCAUUUUGGGCACGGCUAUGUUGAAGAGAGCUUGCUGCAGGGCCUUGCGGUCUUCUGUGUAGUGCCGACCACUCUCUCGUCUGGUGUGACUAUGGUAACACAAGCCAAGGGCAACGUCUCCCUGGCUGUUCUGCUUACCACCAUUACCAAUCUUCUCGGUGUGGGAACCAUGCCGUGGUCAGUCUCGAAGAUAUUUGCCGCUUCAGUGCCCAUCAAGCCUUCAGAGAUGCUUUUUGAGCUCAUAUGGCUAACCUUAGUUCCCUUGAUUGUGGGCAUGCUCCUUCGCGAGGUCACACCAGGAGCAAAAUCUUUUGCAAAGACGAACAAGAAAGUCUUGGGGCUUUGCCAGAACUGUUGUAUCCUCCUGGUGGUUCUGCUAAUGACUUCCAGUGCUCAGCCUAAGAUUAUCUCCACAGAUUCUGCCGACUUGUCCAUGGCUCUUGCAAUUGCUGCUGGCAUCCACUUGGUUUAUCGAGUGGUGGGGUAUUUCUCGGCCACUGCUGCUGUCCUGGAGCCUCGCGAAUGGGUGACAGUGGUCCUCAUGUCUAGUCAGAAAUCACUGCCUGUGUGUGUUUCGGUGCUCUCAGCCCUGCCAGAAGAUUUGCGACGAAAUUCGGGGUUGAUGAUUGUGCCCUGCAUCAUGGCGCAUGCUUCACAGCUUAUCAUAGAUUCCAUCCUGGCAGUUCGAUGGGAAGUUCAAGAGGAAAAGAAGGCGCCUCUUCUAGCUUCAUGACACCGGUUCUGCAACGCUCAGUUUUCGGCACUUUUGAAGGGGGCCAAUGUAUGUCACCAAGAAGCUAUUUGUGCUGCAGAUGGUGAAUGCUCACGUACAGUGCGCUCACUUCUGCAGUUGCAGUGCGUGAUUUUCCGUACAGUAUGGGAUCAAAGCGAGUCCUUACCAACGGCGUUCAGCCGAUACACAAGGACGAGGAUCGAGAAACAA